AUGCCUCCAAAAAAUCGUGGUCCAUGUGUUGUACCAACACUAAUAAUGAUUGGGCCAGACAGACAUGAGAAGUAUAAGAAAAACACAAAUAAUAAAAAAUUGGCUGAAUAUCCCUUGAAGAGAGCAUGUACAGAAGAAGAGCCACCAUGGUCACCUUCACCAAAAAAAACAAAAGAUCAUGAUAU